AUGGAAAUAAAUAAAGUUCAAAAUAAAGUCAAAUAUGAAUCAUUUGAUUAUGGGUAGUAUGAAAAAUUAAAGAAACUCUUUCAUGAUCCCAGUUUUGAACCAAUAUAAGUAGAGGAAUUGGAUUUAUCAAAUGAAAAAGCAACAUAAAUGCCAAAUGUAUUAUGUUUACAACUGCUCACACAUCUUAAGGUUUUGGUAUUGAAUGGGAAUCAGAUCUAAAGAUUUCCUGGAAAAUUAGUAGCAAAAGAAUUGUAGUCUCUUACAAUUUUAGAUCUUUCCAAUAAUCUGAUUGAAGAAUUAGAUGAUAUUGCAGAUAUGAACUUACCAAAUUUAUCAGUUUUAGAUUAUUAAGGGAAUUAUGUGAGUACAUAUCUACUUAGGAUAACUUAAAUAUAGCAAUUAUUAUGUCCUAAGAGAUAUGUGAAAUACAAUCCUGUUAAAGUAUUUACAGCAUCAUAUAAUUAACUUCCUGUUUGUAGAUUGACAGAAGCCUAAUAUUAAGAGGAGAAGAAAUGUUUAAGAUCUAUAUAGAGAGCACCUGAAGAAUUCAAACCAGAAGAAUUAAUGAAUACUGUUUCUAAGUUCUCUCAUAAAAAUACUUUGGGAAAGUUUUGUUUAGAGAUGUGUCCAGUUCCAAGAAAAACAAGAUUUAAGAAUUUAGAAUAUUUGAAUGGUACUUAAAUAUCGAAGAUGGAUAUUAUGAGAGUGACAGGAGUUGAUAAUUAUAAGUUAGCAUUAGAAGUAGAGAACUCUGAGACUUAAAAAUAUAAACAUGCUAAGAAAUCUAAAUUGCAUAAUGAAUACAUAUAAAAAUACAUAAAGAGAGUUCAAAGAUUAUUGGAAGAGAAACCAUCUAAUGAUCCAGAUGAGAUAUUGAAGGCUAAAAAAGUAAAGAAAUUGGAUUAGAAGAAAUUCUCUGUUUGGGAAACUCCAUUAGAUGUAUAGUACAAGGAUUCAGAGUUUACAAUAGGAAUAGAGGAAUUUAAAUAGUAAAAGAAGGAAUUUGAAGAAUAAAAAAAACAGAAAUUAGAGAGGAAACAUAGAAAAUAAAUAGAAAGGAUUAAAAAGAAACAUCCUUCAUUUGAAGAAAGUGAGAGUGAUCAUGAGAUCAGAAGAAUGUAUAUGACUACUAAAGUAAAACCUAAAAUGAAUUUAAGUAGAGAUGAGGAUAGAAUAUACAGAUCUUCAGAAAGUUCUUUAAGUGAAGGAGAUAGUCCAUAAGAAAGAUAAAGUACAAGUCAAGAGAGUGUAGAAAUGAGAGGGCCUAAGACAGUAGGUAAAGUAGAAGCCAAGCCAAUUAGUUAUUAUAGGAAAAAGGCUAAGGAAGAGAAUAAGAAUAGGGAAGUAGUUCAAUAAAGAAAAGUGUAAUAAUAGAAUAGAUAAUAGAGAAUAGAAGUAAUGGAGAAUGAAAGUAGUGAAAGUGAUAAAGAAACUCCAACAAGAUAAGUAAAGAAAUCAUCAACUUAAUAAUUAUUUAAGAGUCAUUAAAAAUAACAAACUUAUUCUCCAGUUGCUAUACCUUAAUAAGCAAUACCUGCAUAAAAGAUUAUUACUAAGAUUUUGCAUGAUGAAAAUAGAAAUACUUUUGAUCUAAGUAAUAAACUAAGUGCUCAGCAUCCAGUCAUAAGAGAAGGAGAAUUUAAGGAAUAAUAGUUUUAGAGAAUGUUGAAGGUUAAAGAAUCUGUAUAGAAAGAAAGAUAAGAAUUAGAAUAAAUUAGAAAACCUAUAACUGCUCAGCCUUAGAUAAGAUAAAAAGUUAAUCGUGUUAUUGUAGAUGGUUAAAAGAAGAAACCUUAACCUACUAGAUAGAGAGAAUUAGUGAAAUUGCAUGGUGAUUUAGAUAAAGCUGAGUAUUAAAGGAUUCAAAUUCCGUUGGAGGAAAUGAUUCCAACUGAAGAGCAAGGAGUACCAGAAAGGUUUAGAUAGGAAUUUCUGUAUAAUGUUGAUAGUGAAACUUAUAAAGAAUUAUUACAUUAUAAGGGUAUUUUAGAGGAGAGUUUGAAUCUCAAAGAAGCUUGGAAAGAAAUGGAUGCUAAGUUAGAAAUAUUGGGAGCCACAAAACCUGAUAAGGAAUUGAGAUUUAAGGCAAAUGACUAUAAUGCAGUACAUACAUAUUUGAAGGCUAAAUAUAAGGAUAAGAUUAAUCCUUAUGAAAUGAGAGAAAUAAUAUAUGGAGCUAAUGAUUAUGAUUUAUAAGCUGAACCUAGGAUAUAGGAAAAGGAUAUUAUGAAAAGAUUGGAAUAAGAAGAUGUUACUUAAGAAGAAAGAUAAGUAUUAUAUAAGUGGAUAGAAAUUUUGGAUGAUAUUAGAUUAAAAUAGACUAAAACUGAUGAUAAAAGAUUGAGGAGAAUUGAAAUUAAAGAAAUUGAAAGAGCAUAAUCUUUUGCACAUCUGUAAAUGAAAUAAAGUAUAUAGUUAGUGCUUAUCAUUAUUAAAAGUUAAAGAAGUAUGUGUCUGCUGAUAAACUUCAGAAGUAUGUAAAAAUGAUGGGAAUUCCAUUAAAUGAAAUUUUGAAUUAGGAUAAUUAAAAGUUGAAAACAGGAUAAAAGAAAAAGACUGAAUAAAUUAAUAGAUAGAAUUAUUAAUAAACUAAAGUUUAGACUCAUAAAAAAGAUAAAGAAUAAAAAGAUUUGACAAAAUAAAUGUUACAAAUUGAAGAAGAUAAGGCAUAGAUGUUAAAGGAUUAUGAAGAAAUUAAUUAGCAACGAUAUAGUAAUAUAAAAGCUGAAAUAAUGAGUGACACUGGUAAUUUGGCUACUAAUGAUCCAUAUUAUCUGAAAUGUCUUAAUAAAUUAGAAUAGGAUAAGGUAGAUGUAUUAAACAAAGUAGCAAAAUAUAAUAUUCCAUUUGAAAAUAUGGUAGAAUAGAAUUUAAGAAAAUUACAAGACUAAUUUAUCACUACUUAAGGUCCAACAGAUUUAGAAGAAUAAAUGAUGAAGUAUUUAUUAAAUAAUAAUAAUUAGAUAUGCUUCUGAAUUUAAAGAGAAAAUUAAAUAAAGAGAAAGAUUACAAUAGAAUAUUAAUAAACAUAUAAGUGAAACAUAGAAAAAAUUAGAUGAAUUUUGGAUGUGGGAAGCAAAAGAAAGAGAAUUGAGAGAUGAUAAAGUAGCUAGUUUGAUGAGACAAAUAAAAAGAUUAGAAUUGGAUGAUUAAUAAACUAUAUAAUUCUGA